CUGCGAGCCCCGAGCGGCAUAAAAAAGACGCGUAGCUGAGUUGAGUUGCGAAAAUGGAGGGCGAGUCGAAACCAAGCGACGAGCUAUCUAAGAUUCUUAGAUUCCGGCAUUUACCGAUUCCCAACUCAAAUGCCGUCUUCAUCGACCCGGUUCGCGUGUUCAACCGAUCCUACUUCCGGUUUAAGGUAUCUCCUUUCCGCCUACUACUCCCGUUUCUUUGAAUCCAAACACCCCACCCGAGAAUCCGCUCUCUCCUCCAAUCCAAAGAAACGGAAACGAAAACGGAAGAAACAACCUCACUCCCUCAAUGAAAAAGAACAAGCCGCCGAUCAACGCCAUCAGGAGGCGAGGCCUUUAUUGUUAAAGGCGCAUGAACUUUUACUUGGAGCGGCUGAUUUUCCAGCAAUUAUGAGUAAAUUAAGGAGCGAGUUUUGUUCUUCGACGGAAUUAUGCGGCGGCGAAGAACAUUCGUUCAUUGAGCUUGGAAGAGUGUGGCAAGCUCCUUUAUAUGAUAUAACUCUCGAUUUUAAACAUAGUCGAUUGACAAACGAGAGUGAAAAUGGAGGUUUGGUUCGCUGAUUUAAUGAUUUAAAUAAAGUGUUAUUCCUUUUUUUUCAUUAUCAGUGAGAAAUGUUUUAACAGACAUUUCCAGUUCAUGUCAUUUGGUUAUAAUAAUUUUGAAUAAUAAAUGACGUUUCAAGUUA